GAGCGGAUGGCCUGUUUAAUAUCUUGGAUUUUUAUAGAUUCUUUUGUCUUUUAACGGUUGAGGUUUCCGUCGGACCUCCGGAAGUGAACUGGUGAUAAUGCGGCUUUAAACUCUAGUUUUCUAUGCCCUACUCAAUAUAACUCGCAAAUAUGUAAGAGUGGAAAUCCCGGGUAUGAAUUUAUCGAGCACUCUGUUGUGAUUCAUCAUCAAAAAAAACACCCCGAUGUAUAAUGACUUACGUCUGCUUUGAAGAGGUCAGAUGAGCAGUCUGAUAUAUGAAUUAUAAACGACAUUCAAUCAUUCAAGGAGCCACCGACUUCCAAUUAUCAUCAAUUAGUCCUCAGGGUGCAAUAUACAUGUCCCUUACGCAACGUCUCGAGUAGCAAGUAGUUUAAAUUUUAUCGAGUUAACCGAAUUGCAGCAGCUUUUAAGUGAAAAAGAAAAAAAAAUAGUGCUACAGCUACUGUGCGUGACAGCCUGAACUAUCAGAAUUUACUCUGUUGCUACUCGGUGAAAUUAGCAAGGGUCACAUGGGGUCUCCUAAGACGUCAUCGCAUGCUCCUUGAUUGUACCCAACAUGCUUCAGGGGAUGAUAAGCGUGGUGACACAUGAAUGGCUUUUCGCGCCAGACUACACGAUGUCAGUCCGUGUGCUCAAGUUUCCGACGUAUCACCACUCGCUUUUGCUCGUUCGUAUUGCACUUGUAUUAUAUAAUAGCCCUGUUUUGUUAGUUCGGGCUUCGGAGGCGUGACUACGAAUAUUCCUUAUUUGGUGGGAAACCAAUCCAUCUUUGUCUGGCAAACAACAGUGUUAACGGUCCUUAAGGGUUGUUAUUCUUUAAUUUUCACGAUUCGUAUGAUUUAAGCAGGUGUAGCCUACUAUGUGAGGCGUGUUUCCGAGGCUACGAUUUUUGGAGAAUAUUCUGGCAGUGUGUUAAGGCUUGGUAUCUUGAGAAGAAGUACUUUUCUCGUACAUUUUGUCUCAUAACCCCCUGCUUACAUCCCCGGGGCUAAUAAACAGAACAAUACAACGGUUUACUUAAGUCUAUUAUAUUGUUAUAAAUGUACUUGAGUCGUAUACAUAGAAAAUGAGAAUACUUGCUCUACACAGACGUCUGAAAUUUGACUUAAGCGAAUCGGGUAGCUCAUUUGAAACAAGAAUUCCAGACGAAAGGUCCAGUGUUUGCCUUAGAAAGACUAGAACGCGCUCGGCGUCACAUAGUGGCGUGACCUCUAGGGAAUUGAAUAAACAAUGUUGUUAGGUUUAUAACGAAGAGGGUAGGGUAUAAUGCUCCUAAACUACUACUAGAAGUCAGACAAUUUUGAUCUCUCAAGGCUCCUAGUGACGAAGGGAUUAAGGAGUGUAAAGAAAUGCUAAUACAAUAAUGGCAGAGCUUUUGUUUAUGGUUGUUCGUCGGUGGCAAAUUAAGGACUGCAAAGUUUACUGCGGGCAAGCAACCAAACACAUGGUUGUCACGAAGACUGGAUUGACCCAAAUGGAGUGUUUUCCGAGUACUGGGUAGCAAAAGAGAUGUACUGUUUCUCGAGUUACAUAGAUCGAUCGAAAUCAGGAACGGGGAGCUCGGAAAAGUCCCAGAAAGUCCACUCAGCAAAUUGGAAAGAGGAGAUACAGUUGAGGAAGGAGCUUGACUGUCUAAAUAAACAGGAACAACAACGAGUAAGCAGAAUUUCAAUAGAGCAAAGACUGGCGGUGGAUAGAUUCCAUAGGAAGUUAUCAAGAAGUGUUGAGAUUGCGAAGAGUCAUGACGAGAUCCGUGCGGACCUGGAAAACAAAAGAAAAGAACGCGAAAGUCACAAAGACUCGGAUAACACUUCUAGGCACAUGAGAAUGGUGAGGUGUCUGAAUGCUUUCCCUAAACCGCCUCUACCGACAUUUACACACAGACCCAAGUCAUGCGAGCCCGUUACAGGACGGAAAAAUGCUGAAAAUAUCACCAAAGAAAACGUAGAUGUGUUACCUAGACCCAUGACAGCAUUAGAAAGACGUAACAAAGUCUGGGAAAAGCAACUGGAUACUGUGACGCAAAGGAUCAACAGAGCACGGAGCGCACCGGCCAAGACAAAGUUUUACAAAGUACCCGAGUUCGCCGAUGUGGCCGAGAAUACUAUGAAAGCGCGCCCGAAGAGCUCCUCCCCUAGAAAAGGGAACACGUCUCAGAGUAACUCCUCGAGUAAAAGAACAAGUUAUGAGAUUGAUAUGAAUAUUUAUAGAUACUUUCGAGAGAUAGAGCUGAAAAGACAGCGCGAUGCAGUGAGAGAGUUUAUUAAGAGUAUAGAACCGUUGGAGCUGGUUCCGUGGGAGCCAUAUGAUGCGGUAUCCAGCUCUCAAGAUACGGACUUUACUGGGGGGAGGGGUGGGGUGGGUAUGGCCGAGAGAAGGGACUCUAGUAGAAAGCAAAGUCUUGUCGUGGAUCGAAGGACUUCGCAUGUUACUGUGAAGACGGAUGCCUGGGCGUAACGCGAGGGAAUAUGCAACUCGAAUUCCCACAACUCGUAUUUCCCUCGACUCGAGUACUCCGCAACUCGAAUUUCCCGCUACGCGCUAAUAAAUCUUUAUUGGAUAGAAGUGUUCAAGUUCAUGUGAUAUUUUUAAAAUUAAGAGGAAAACUUGCUACUCGCUAUUGAAUCUGUAUGGGAUAAAAGUGUUCCGAGUAGUGUGUUCGAGUUCUUUUUUUAGAAUUGAGGCCGAAAAAAAUACCAAAUUAAAAUAAUUUUUAAACUGUA